UGAGUGGCUGUGCAAUCCGACCUUGGAAUGUUUGCUCUGAGAGCUGGGCGACAGGCUGGCCAUCAGCGGAGAGCGUAUGCGACCGUUGAUACCAUCAAAGAAGGCAAGCACGUAGCUUCAACAGUGACUCCUCCGUGGUCAAGGCGAUUCGAACUUCGAGACGAGGAUGAGGAAGAUACUGUCGGCCCCGCCCGGCGUACAGUUUGCAUCCGCAUGUCCAGAACGCUUGCAGGCGGGAUGGUUGAUGCGUUCGCUGUUGUUCGUGGGGUAGAGCGCAAAUUUGGGCGGAUACGUGAAUACCGGUUCAUACGGGAUGGAGAAGUGAGCUCAGAGUACCAGAUGUUGUGUUGGGCUGCAUUUCAGUCUGAAGACUCAAUGAGCCUCAUUCCAGAGAAGGGUAUCACCAUGAAUGUCCCGGCUGCAACGCAGGAUCCUACUAUCCCCGAAGGGGGCCCGGGACUUGAACACCUUCAAGGUCUAUUUGACGUGAAGGAUGUAUAUUCUUCCAAUCCCCCGGCAUACUCUGCUGAAGGACCUUCAACACGGCCGAGAUUGAUCGAACUCAAUGUUCAGCGAGCUGCAAGCGACUUGCGUUUUAAUGGUGAUAACAGCCCGUUAAACCUCACGAAGGGUAAAAGGAUUGCAAUAGGACACAGUUUCUAUGAGUGGGGAGGUUUCUAUCCUCUGAAGCCUCUUUAUACGUCAUCCCCCUUCACUUCGCCAUCCGAAGAACCGCCGCCUACUCCAGACCACCAGCAAAUGCGCAUUGCGCUGAACAAGUGGAGUCAAAUCCUUGAGCGACCCGACCCUUCGUUUGCACAGAUGAAGGCUGCAGCCACAGUGGAAGCGCAAGCAGAUACUCAAAAAGACGUGGCAGCGGAUUCGAAAUCGCCCAGUGAUUCAUCGAUGUCAACGAUGUUGUCUCAGAGGAGUCGAAGGAGGACCAGACGCGAGGUGGAAUCCUGGGUGCCACUAUCGACGCCACAACCAACAAAACCGGAUUUGCCACCUCCUGGCGCCAUCACUCUCAAGAAGCACAUAAUGCCCAAGACUUCGCAGCCUUCGACGCCUAAGAUUUCGCGCAAAGAACGUUUGCUCGAACAGGCUCGUAGCCAAGCUCGCGAACAGGUCAUGCAGCAGGUUGCGCUGCGUGCCAGGGAAGCCGAAUUUGCUGACCUCGAAAAUUCAAAUUCAGAGACACUAAAGGAGAGUGUCGAGGCCCUUUUGAAGGAUUCUAAUGUCGAUGCAGAAUCGUCAGGCGAUCCGACGGAUGGCUCUGAGUCUGAAGUCACGCCGAAGGCAGGAAACAAACCACUGAGCGAGAGCCAGGCCUCCCCUGCGAAGGAAAAGUUGUGGAACUUGGUUGGGAAGUGGUUUUGAUCGAUACUGCCAAUAUAGAGCUUUUCUGUUGUCGAAUCGUAGCGGCGGCGACCCGCCAGUCCCCGACUCCCUUGACUGGUCAAUUGCUUUAUUUGAUUCCUUCCGCUGAAGGUUUGUACACAACGUUCCACGAUCUGUGCAAUACAUGUCUACUCGUUUCUGGUGCCCGGCUGGCUUUCCCAGAUUUACGUUAAGCACCCAUUACAGCAACUUAGGCUCCAGCUUCUUCCAAGUUCCUUCAGACAUCCACGGGAACGACUUUCUGGUCAAAGUCAUCCGUCCAGUCCUGUUCAUGUAGGAUCUCGUUGGCUUUAGUCCGCCCAACGCUUUUUGUAUUCACAAGUCAUCGACGUCGCCCUGAGUAUCUUCAUACGUUUGACCGGCCCAUUCCAUAUUUCCUGCUUAACGUGCACUGUAACAUCAA